AAUAUGGUCUAUGAAUUCAACUAGUCAAUGGAUCUGUUCAUACAAAUUGAAUGAACAUCAAAAUUUUAUUAGAUGUUUAAUUUUGAAUAAUAAUGAAGAUCUUAUUAUAUCAGGAAGUGAUGAUAAAACUAUUAAAUUUUGGAUUAAGAAUAAUUAAUGGACAUGUUCACAAACUAUUAAUGAUCAUAAAAGUGAUGUAUAUGGGUUAAGUUUGAAUGAGAAAUAGAAUAGAGCGAUAUCUUGUGGAGUAGAUAAAUUAAUCUUAAUAAUAGAGGAGUCAUCGUAAAAAUGGAAUGUAAUAUAAAAGAUAACAGUUGAAUGGUUUGGUUAUCGAUUAUGCUUUAUAAAUGAUAAUAUAUUCACAUUUCAACCUUUUAAUUAAGAGUAGAUGCAUGUUUAUGAGAUAAAUAGUAGCAAUAAUUAGUACUCAAAAACAAAAGAAGUUCCUGUUAAAUGUGAUUAUGGUGCAUGUCAUUGUUUUUUUGCUUAAUAAUAUAUCAAGUCAAAAUGUGUGAUUGUGAAUAAGAAUGGAAAAUGUAUUAAUUUGAUAAGGAACAACCAAAAUGGUGAUUUUAUAACAUAAUAAUCUAUUCAAUUUGAAAUUUAUAAUAUAUAUGGAAAGAUGAGUGAAAAUGGAGAUUAUUUGAUGACUUGGGAUAAUUAAUCUAAAGAAAUUUAAAUUAGAAAAUACUAGUAAUUAUGA